AUGUCAUUAAAAGAAGUUUGUCAAGAAAGAAUUUUUAACGUGAUAAAUAAAAUAACAGAAAAAAGUAGAUAUGUAAUUAUGAUAGUAGAUCAUAAUUCAUAUAGGAUAUUAUCUUUAUUGUGUAAGAAUGAACAAUUAUUAGAACGAGGAGUCUCAUUAAUUGAAUUAAUUGAUUCUGAAAGAAAUAAUUUAGAAGAUUUUGAUUGUAUAUAUUUUCUUAGUUCAGAAAUACAAAGUGUUCAUAUGAUGAUUAAAGAUUUUAAAGAUGAAAAACAUGCUAAAUAUAAAAAUAUACAUAUUUUAUUUACAUCAAAUAUUUCAAAAGAUAAUAAAAUUCUUGAUUUAAUUGCUACCAAUAAUUUUAUUUUAAAAAGAAUUAAAAGUUGUGCAUGUAUUAAUUUAAAUUUUCUUGCUUAUGAAAGUCGUAUUUUUUAUUUCCAAAAUUCUAUUAAUCUAUAUAAUUAUUUUCUUUCAAUAAAUAAUGAUAUAUUAUCACACAUUAGUUCUAUGUUAUUAUCAGUCUGUUCAUGUUUAAAAAUAUAUCCAUCAAUUCGGUAUCAAAAUUCUGAAUUGUGCAGGUCAUUUUCACACAUUUUUUAUAAUUCAAUAAAAAAUUUGCACACCAUAUAUAAUGAUAAAAAUAAAACCACAAAUGAAAAUAAUAAUAAAAAUACAUAUACAAAUAAAAAUACAUAUACAAAUAAAAAUACAUAUACAAAUAAUAAUACAUAUACAAAUAAUAAUACAUAUACAAAUAAAAAUACAUAUACAAAUAAAAAUACAUAUACAAAUAAUAAUACAUAUACAAGUAGUGAUAACCAAUCAGAUGAUUGCAAUGAUAAAUAUCCAUAUAAUAAUAAUAUAAAUGAUGAUACUCUUUUAAUAUUGGAUAGAUCAAUUGAUACCAGUAUUUUGUUCAUACAUGAUUAUUCAUAUCAAAGUCUUUGCUAUGAUCUAUUAAAUGUUAAUACAAUAUAUGAAACGAAUUUUGAUCCGACCAAAAUAAAUGAAGAACCAUAUGAAGAUAAAUAUAACAAUAAAUGUAAUGAUAAUAAUUAUUAUGAUGAUAAAAAUAUAGACAUGGAAAAAAAGAAAAAAAAAAAAAAAACUGACGCACAUACUGUUAUUUUCGAAAUAACAAAUAAUGAUCAAAAAAAAGAAGAAAAAGAAGCACUCCUUUCAGAAGAAGAUCAUUUAUGGUCUAGUUAUAGACAUUAUCAUAUUCAAGAUGUAAAUGAAAUUAUAAAAAAUGAAAUAUCAGCAUUUACAGAAAAAAAUGCUGUAGUCAAAAUUCAAAAAAAAAAUGUUUUAAAUCCAACUGAAGCUCUAGAUGCAUUAAGAUCUUUACCACAAUAUGAAACAUUAAUUGAACAAUAUUGGUUGCAUUAUUAUUUAUGUAAUAAUUGUUUUAAAUUAUUACAAGAUAAAAAUAUUGUUGAUAUUGGCUUAGUUGAACAAGAUAUAUGUUGUAAUGUUGAUAAAUAUGGAAAGGAAUUAAAUCAUCAAAAAAAUUUGACAAGUGUUAAUACUAUCAUUACAAGUGAUGAUUAUGAUCAAGAAGAAAAAACUCGUCUUCUUUUAUUAUAUUUUAUGAAUUAUAUAAAUAUUAAUGAUAAUGAUAAAAUGAAAAUCAUCGAAUCGGCUCAACUGAAUUUAUCUAUGAAAAAAAUUAUUGAUCAAUUCUUAAAACUAAAUUUACAUAAUUCAGGAUAUUAUCUUGCUUCAGAAGAACCAAUACAAUUAUCAUCAAAUAAAAUACAUCAUGUACUAGAAAACAGUAACAAAAAAAAAAUUAAGCAUUAUAAAAAUGUAGCCAAAAAUUCAAAAUAUGAAUUAAGUAGACAUGAACCAAUCAUUAAAGAUAUAAUAAUAGAUUUAUUUAACGACACACUAGAUAAAAAUUAUUUCCCUCAUGUUGAUCAUGCACAUCAACAAGAUAUAAAGACAGGACAUACACCCCAUGAAAAUAAACAAAAUGUUUCAAGAGGUACCAUAUGGGAUUUUAAAACAGAAAACAAAAAUCAAACAAAAAAAGACAAAAAAAGAAAAAUUCUUAUUUUCAUUAUUGGAGGUAUUACAUAUCCGGAAAUAAAACAAAUAUAUGAAAUGUCAAACGAAUUGGACUUGGAUAUAUAUUUGGGUGGUACAAAUUUAUUAACAAGUAAGGUAAUAUUUGAUCAAUUUAAGCAAUUUGAUGCAUCUUAA